GCAAUUCUUGAAAAAAGGGCGCUUAUUUUCUUCCCUUGAAACAGGACAACUGUUACUUCCAAUCUGUAUAUUUAUGAAGCCAAUGAAGUUUUUUAAUCAAUGCGUUCACCCUACUUGGUACCUUUCAGCUGAUUUUCAACUUCAUGUUGUUUCGAUUGCAGUUCUUUAUCUAUUACACAAGUGGCCGAAGCUGGGACUUUCUUUCAUCGCUGCAAUAAUUAUCUCUUGCAAUGUUAUCGUCGGAAUCCUAACUUAUUUGCGAGAUAUUCCACCUAUUAUCCUUAUUACAUCUGGGAAUAACGUAAAAAUAGAAGAAACAGUAGAAAUUGUACAUAUUCGGACAUUCACACAUGCUGGCCCUUACUAUAUUGGCAUUGUCGUUGGAUACAUGAUGAUUCAUUACAACAACUUUAAAAUUCCUAAAGUUUUUAACGCAUCUGGAUGGGUUGUAUCAACUGCUUUCGCUUUGCUGUCUAUAUAUGGAGCCCAUAGAUGGAAUAUUGGAGAGCCCCAUGGGAUGUUGCUAACAGCAGUUUUCGCCGCUGCUCACCGGAGCACAUAUACACUGAGCAUCGCAUGGGUUACUUUUGUUUGCGUAACUGGAAAUGGAGGACUUGUGAACCGCCUCCUAUCCUCAGCGAAACUAGCGCCUCUGAGCAGGUUGACAUUCAUGAUGUAUUUAUUGCACAGUCUCGUUAUCUGGACAAGAAACGGUUCCCUCAGGGAACGAAUGUUCUUCAGUCAUUAUAAUGUGCUUUACGAGUACACAGCAAAUUUGGUGGUGACCUUCUUGCUGGCGAUACCCUUUUACCUUCUGUUGGAAGCUCCCCUCUCCAACUUAGAGAGGCUUCUCUUUUCCAGUCUGCAAAAGAAAGAUAAAAGAACAGAUCAAGACGCAGAGAUCACAAUCGCUCACAAAGAAAAUGGCCAUUUGAGAGAGAACGUCGUUCAUUAUGCUCAAGAGUUCUUACCAAGAAAGAGAGAGAAUGCAUUUGCGUCGCCUGUACAAUUGACAGCAAUUAAAAACCUGGAUAUCAUUCCAAAUGGAGUGUCUCUGAGCAAGAGCUAGUUUUUGUUCUUGCAUGCAGACCAGAGUUUAUGUCUGGUACCAUCGUUUUAAUUUCUCAGGGUGCUAUUGUAUUGAAACACUUGUUCAAUGUUUAUUUGUUUCUGUGUCAAGUUUUCGUGUUUUUUUUAUAAUCCAAUAAAUAUUCAUUUUUUGAAACGUUAA